GGUGCAAAAAGGAAUAAAGAAUUGGAAAAAAAAAGACAGGCUUGAGCGAUCAGUUGCAGAAGAAAGUUGGUGGUGUCCUUUCCAGGUCCUGAAAGGAUCGUCUUCUCAUUCAUUUGCCCGCCCUUAUAAACCCUCAACUUCCUCAGCCUUCUCCACUAUUCUUCCUCUCAGACCCGAUCGAUCCCAUUAGAACUCUCUUCUCCUACGUUGGAAAUUUCGCCCCUUUCUCGUCAUCGCCAUGGCCCUCUCUGCUUCUCUUUCUCAGAUGUCUGUUUUGCCCCUCCUUUCGGGCGAUAGCUCAAGUGGAUCGAUGUUUACGGUGCAAAGUAUCAGCUUUGGUCAGAAGCCAUGGACUCCUAUGCUGAGAUUGGAGUCGAGAUGUAAAAAUUUACGUGUGACGAGAAAACGAGGCACGAUAUGCAUGUCUGUCCAACAAGCCAGCAAAUCCAAAGUCUCAGUGAAUCCACUUGAACUAGAGGAUGCCAAAGAUCCUCCACUUCACUUGUACAAGACUAAGGAACCAUACCCCGCCACAAUUGUUUCGGUCGAGAGGCUUGUGGGUCCCAAAGCCCCCGGAGAAACUUGCCACAUUGUGAUCGAUCAUGGUGGCAAUGUUCCUUACUGGGAAGGGCAGAGCUAUGGAGUCAUUCCUCCUGGUGAAAACCCUAAGAAACCCGGGAACACUCACAAUGUUCGGCUUUACUCAAUUGCAUCAACGAGGUAUGGAGACUCCUUUGACGGCAAGACAGCUAGUCUCUGUGUUCGUCGAGCUGUUUACUAUGAUCCAGAGACAGGAAAGGAGGAUCCCUCAAAGGAUGGUGUUUGCAGCAACUUCCUAUGCAAUGCCAAACCCGGCGAUGAGGUCAAGAUCACCGGUCCUUCAGGGAAGAUAAUGCUUCUGCCUGAAGAUGACCCUAACGCCACUCACAUAAUGAUUGCCACUGGUACUGGAGUUGCUCCGUACAGAGGAUACCUCAGGCGAAUGUUCAUGGAGGACGUGCCUAAUUUCAGGUUCAAUGGUCUUGCAUGGCUCUUCCUCGGGGUGGCCAAUUCAGACAGUCUCCUCUACGACGAGGAGUUCACAAACUACCGCAAGAACUAUCCAGACAACUUCAGAUACGACAAGGCGCUUAGCAGAGAGCAGCAGAACAAGAAAGGAGGGAAAAUGUACGUUCAGGACAAGAUCGAGGAAUACAGCGACGAGAUAUUCAAGCUGCUGGACGAUGGGGCCCACAUAUACUUCUGCGGUCUGAAAGGGAUGAUGCCGGGGAUCCAAGACACCCUCAAGAGGGUUGCCGAGGAGAGAGGCGAAAGCUGGGAGCAGAAGCUCUCUCAGCUCAAGAAGAACAAACAAUGGCAUGUUGAGGUCUAUUAAAGUUCUUCUUUGCCCCAUAUGUUCUCUGGUAGUUUGCUGAAACUCCGAACCAAAAUAAUUGUUCUUAGAAUAUUGUCGUUCCGGUAGCCGUUAUGGGGGGACCGUGGCUUCUGUCCGUGUAAACGAAAGUCAGAAUCUUAGAACAGUGCCUGGUUCUGCCUGAAAAUCAAAAUCUUGUUUUAUGUCCAAGGACAUAAUAGACUGAA